AUGACAAAAUAUAUAUUGGCUUUUACGAUUCUUUGGAUUUUUGGAGGAUUGGUGAUUGAUGCAGCUUUUGACAAAAAUGCGGCCAUGGAUGAUUUUAUGGCAAAAUUGGAAGAGUGCAAAACUGAUGCUGGAGCCACGGAUGCUGAUGUCAAAGAUAUUCUAGGAAAGGUACCAGCAUCAACAGCCGAAGGUAAAUGCCUACGUUCGUGCAUUAUGAAAAAAUACGAAAUGAUGACUGUCAAUGGCACAUUUGUACCAGCUAUUGCUAUAAAACAUGCUGAAACAUUUUCAGCUGGUGAUGCUGAAAAAAUAAAGAAAGCCAAAGAGGUCGUCAAUACCUGUGCUCGCAUUAAAGUGUCUACCGAUCAUUGUCAAGCUGCUGAACAAUAUGGCAAAUGUUUUAUGAAGCAUGCAAUGGAUCGCGAUCUAACGCAAUUCAAAGUGUAG